AUGUUGGCGAGCAAACUGCUGGGUGUUGUUGGCAUAUUUAUGACGGCAAACUACGCUGCUGUAAACGGGCGGUGUUGGAAGCCAUGCCCUCCUACUUGGAGCCAGUGGCAAGACAAAUGCUACAAGGUGCAUGAUGCCGAAGUGACAUGGGAAGAGGGCAAGCAGAUUUGUGUUGAGUUGGGUGGGAUGAUGGUUGUCCCUCAAUCCAAAGAAGAGUUACAACACAUCCUCAACAUGUUCAGCUGCGACAAAUUCUUGAUUGGUUGCAACGACAUUGAAGUUGAAGGUACCUGGGUGUGUUUGGAUGGUGAAGGACUCGACGUGAAGGACAAGAGAUGGAGGAGUGGUCAGCCAGAUAGUAGCGGCGGCAACCAAGAUUGCGCAAUAUUUACUUCAGCCGGGUUGUUCGACUUAGGAUGUGGUUCUAACCGCAGGUUAAUCUGUCAGCGCCCGGUAACAGCAAUGUAG